AUGUUACUAACUGCACGCCUCAGAGGGACGAGUGUAACUGGCGAUAAAGGAGCAGGCUGGGCUGCAGCAAAGAKGACGACGGGUGAUUAYCUUCAAGUCAAUCUUUGCGUCAUCAAAUCAAUCACCAUGGUAGCCACACAAGGAAGGUAUUCCACGGUUUACAACCAAUGGGUGACCAAGUACUCGUUGUCAUACAGUCUUGAUGACAAAGUUUGGAAAGCUUACGAAGAAGAUGGCGGCCUUAAGAUUUUUUCUGGAAACAGCGAUGAAACCACUGUUGUGACUAACAAGCUUGAAAAACCCAUCAAAACCAGGCACAUUCGACUGACAGUGAAAGGGUUUCAUUCAUGGCCCUCCAUGAGGAUGGAGCUGUAUGGAUGCUAAAUUCACCACCGGGGGGGACUUGGUAGGUAUACUCGACGGACGGAUUGAAAAAUGACCUUGAAAGGUUCGCAUAAAUUAAUUCGGUCAUCGAUUCCARACCAUAAAAGGUACGACCAUUUUUGACGUCUUUAACAAGAGAGAAGCUCAAGUUUAACAAACUGUAGA